AUGACGUCGUCUCUCUCCGUCGCCCUGCACGGGGGCGGUCGCGUGCUCAGCAUUCAGUCACAUACCGUCCAGGGGUAUGUGGGCAACAAGGCGGCGGUCUUCCCCCUGCAACUGCUGGGCUUCGAUGUGGACCCCAUCAAUUCUGUGCAACUCUCCAACCACACUGGCUACCCCACGUGGAAGGGGCAGAUUCUGGAUGGAGAGCAGCUGUGGGCGCUGAUAGAGGGCCUGGAG